AUGGAGGCUCGCUCCAUGAAGGAAAACACGCAGUCCGUGAUCCGAUCGCGGAAAUCUCAUCACAAGUCCCGUGCUGGAUGUGGCAACUGCAAGAGGAGACGUAUAAAAUGUGAUGAAACAAAGCCGUCAUGCUCAAAAUGCAUCCACCAUGCCAUCGAGUGCGACUUUCAGCAAACAGCAGCUGCACUCUCAGCCUCGCCAUCCUCAGCACCAUCUCCGCCUGCCUCAUCCAAAGGUUCAACAGGGCGGUUCAGGUUCAAGCCGUCUAAAUAUCAACCAAAAGAACCCACAUCGAAUGAGACAAACCAGCCUUCUCCCCGGGUCAUCUCCACAGAGGUCCAACCAAAUGACCAAACCCCUCAAAAUACCCUCUCCUUCACCGACCUCCGCCUCUUCCACCACUUCGUCACAGAAACAUACCGCACCCUGGCCGACGAAGCAGUAGACCACAACCGCCUCUGGCAAUCCCACCUCCCACAAUGGGGUUUCUCAAACCCAUCAAUCUUCCACCUAAUCCUUACACUGGCAGCCCUGCACUUAGGCCAUCUCCAACCAGAAAAGAAAGACCAAUACGUCAUGCAAGCAGACAACCACUUUACCUUCGGCAUCCGAUCUGUAACAGCCAUCCUAUCCAGUCUGAACGAAGAAAACUGUCAAUUGAUCUACAUGUCCGCGGUGAUGAUCUGUUUCGUUUAUUUCGGACAUGGACCUCGAUCCGGUGAAUACCUUGUCUUCAGUGAGACUGGAAAGGCUGAAUGGCUCGUUCUCAUGCGAGGUGUGCGAUCGAUCCUGAUGUCGAGUCGUGAUAAGAUAUUCAGCGGCGUCUUGGCUAUUCAAACGGAUCCGAGCGUUGCUGGUAUUAGUCCGGAAUUUCAGGAUGAGCUUCGGACACAUCGAUCUCAUAUUGAAGACGCUCAACGAUUUAUUGAGACGCAAGUUGGUGGGACCCCGGCUUAUGAAAUGUAUAUUGGGGCUCUUGGAAAUUUAAUUGAGAUGUUUGAUGAGGCUUAUUGUAUUCGAAGUUCUGGCAAGGAUGGUGUGAGUCUGAUGCAUGUUGUUGUUGGGUGGAUUUAUCGGCGGCCUGAGGAGUUUAUUGGUUUGCUUGAGAGCAAGGAUCCGUUUGCGUUGAUUAUCCUUUCCUACUGGUGUAUUCUGUUGAAGUUUAUGGGUUCUUCGUGGCUUAUGAUCGGCUGGGAUCGACAUGUCAUUGCCGGAAUUCAGUGGUCUCUGGGGGCUGAUUUCCAUCGUCAUAUUGAGUGGCCUCGUCAAGUUGCAAGCAAAAAAGCUCAGCUGAAUGAAACCGAGUUUAUGAUCGACCUCCAAAAGCAGCCCAUCGAAGAGAGCGCUAACCCCACUGACAAGACUGGCAUCUUGAAGUAG